AUGCCCAAUUAUGUGAAAUUUAUGAAAGACAUAUUGUCAAAGAAGCGUAGAUUAGGAGAAUUUGAGGCUGUUGCUCUCACUGAAGGGUGCACAACAAUAUUGAUGAAUAAAUUACCUCCAAAGCGAAAGGGUCCAAUGAGUUUCACUAUCUCGUGUUCCAUUGGAAAUCAUUAUGUUGGUAAGGCUUUAUGUGACUUAGGAGCAAGUAUAGAUCUAAUGCUUAUGUCUAUUUAUAGGAAUCUAGGAAUUGGGAAAACAAGACUUACUAUGGUGACUUUACAAUUAGCUGAUCGGUCCUACGCCCAUCUGAAAGGUAAAAUUGAGGAUGUACUUGUAAGAGUGGAUAAAUUUAUCUUUCCUGUUGAUUUUCUUGUUCUAGAAUUUGAAGCUGAUCAAAAUGUGCCAAUUAUCCAUGGAAGACCUUUUCUUGCUACAGAAACGAAAGUGGAGGAGGAAUUCAACAGAAUUUGCCACAAUAAUUCUGAUAAUAACAAAGAGUUAUUAGAAAGGAUUGAUGAAGUACGUUUCAAAGAACUCGGUGAAUUCAUGGAAGCCAAACAGACAUUGGAGAGACCAGGGAAAAAGUUUGACUCUUUGGAUUUAUCAAGUCAUUCAUUCAGGCCUCCUAGACCUUCUGUAGAGGAACCUCCUACAUUGGAGUUGAAACCUUUGCCACAACAUUUAAAAUAUGAAUACUUGGGAGAUAACAGUACCUUACCGAUUUUGAUUUCUGCGAAAUUGACAUUCGAACAAGAAGUCAAUUUGCUGGAAGUCCUGUGA